AUGCCUGUUGUCACUAAUUUCUUUGGGUUAAAGUGGACCACUGUCUAUUCUUGUGCUUUUGUGCCAGAUCUGAAGAAAAAAACAAGUGCAACUGCAUAUGAAGCAAAAGUCCAUGAGAAGCCAAAAGUGAAAGCAGACAUAGAAGUCUUUGAAAUUGACAUUCUCAGUGAUAGCUGUUGCCGGCAACUUUCUUUUCAACACCAUGGCUUCAAAACAUGUAAAAUUCAUGAAAGCCCGCUGUAUGACGACCUCCAGAAUAAUUAUGGUUUCUACACCAUGGCCCCCCCAGCCCUGGGACGUCAAAUAGUCUUCAAAAAAACUCUAAGGCCUGGAGUAGAGCUAUCGGUCUGGAAGGAUGACCUCACCACACAUGCUGUUGAUGCUGUUGUAAAUGCAGCGAAUGGAGACCUUCAACACGGGGGAGGCCUGGCCCGGGCCCUAGUAAGUGCUGGUGGCUAUGAAAUCCAGGAGGAGAGCAGAAGCUUUGUUGCCAGAUAUGGUAGAGUACCAACUGGUGAGAUUGCUGUCACAGGAGCAGGCAGGCUUCCCUGCAAACUCAUCAUCCAUGCAGUUGGGCCUCGGUGGACAAAGAGAGAUAAAGAGAGAUGCAUUGAACAGUUGAAAAGGGUCAUUAGAAACAUUCUAGAUUACGUCCUCUAUGAAAAUCUGGACAUUCAGUCGGUUGCAAUUCCAGCCAUAAGUUCUGGGAUCUUCCAGUUUCCUCUGGAUUUGUGUACAUGCAUCAUUGUGGAGACUAUCAAGGCUUAUAACUAUUAUAAAUUAGUGGUGAAUCAAUUAAAAGAAAUUCACCUGGUGAGCAAUGAAAACGCUACAACUGAUUCCUUUAAGAGGGCAUCUGAACUCAUCCUAGGAAGGAACGAGCUGGACUCCUGGGUGAGUCAAGAAGCCCCACCCUUUCUUUAG